AUCAGAGUGGCUGCAUACCCACAUCCAAAGGGUCCCAGAUGAGAUGGAGAGGAUCCUGGGAACCCAGAAGACCAUGACUUGCCUGAGAGCCCUUCUUGGACGCCCCAAGUACCUGCCAUAAUAGAGACCCAACAACUACCUGGUGGCUCUUCAUUUGAUCUCUGUGUGAAUAGCUCCCUCAACAUGAGCAUCAGCCUCCACUUGACCUUUAUGUGUCUGAGUCUCUUCAUUCAAAGGAUGUGCAUUUGGGGAAACCAGUUCAAUGUGGAGGCCAGCAGAAGUGACAAGCUUUCCUUGCCUGGCUUUGAGAACCUCACUGCAGGAUAUAACAAAUUCCUCAGGCCCAAUUUUGGUGGCCAUCCAGUUCAGAUAGCGCUGACUCUGGACAUUGCAAGCAUCUCAAGCAUUUCAGAGAGUAACAUGGACUACACAGCCACUAUAUACCUCCGGCAGCGCUGGACAGACCCACGGCUGGUAUUUGAAGGUAAUAAGAGCUUCACAUUGGAUGCCCGUCUUGUGGAGUUCCUCUGGGUACCAGAUACUUACAUUGUAGAGUCCAAGAAGUCUUUCCUCCAUGAAGUCACAGUGGGAAACAGGCUCAUCCGCCUCUUCUCCAAUGGCACGGUCCUGUAUGCUCUCAGAAUCACAACAACUGUUGCGUGUAACAUGGAUCUGUCUAAAUACCCCAUGGACACACAGACGUGCAAGUUGCAGCUAGAGAGCUGGGGGUAUGAUGGCAGUGAUGUGGAGUUCACCUGGCUGAGAGGGAACGAUUCUGUGCGUGGGCUUGAAAAUCUGCGACUUGCUCAGUACACCAUUCAACAGUAUUUCACCUUAGUCACCAUAUCACAGCAGGAGACAGGAAAUUACACACGAUUGAUUUUGCAAUUUGAGCUUCGGAGGAAUGUCCUGUAUUUUAUUCUGGAAACUUAUGUCCCUUCCACUUUCCUGGUGGUGUUAUCCUGGGUUUCCUUUUGGAUCUCCCUCGAUUCAGUUCCUGCAAGAACCUGCAUUGGAGUGACCACUGUGUUAUCUAUGACCACACUGAUGAUCGGGUCCCGCACAUCUCUACCCAACACCAACUGCUUCAUAAAGGCCAUCGAUGUGUACCUGGGGAUCUGCUUCAGCUUUGUGUUUGGGGCCUUACUGGAGUACGCGGUUGCUCACUACAGCUCCUUACAGCAGAUGGCAGCCAAAAAUAGGGGGGCAGUGAAGGAAGUGGAAGAAGUCAAUAUUUCUAACAUCAUCAACAGCUCCAUCUCCAGCUUUAAACGAAAGAUCAGCUUUGCUAGCCUUGAAAUUUCUGGUGAUAAUGUCGAUUAUGGUAACUUGACAAUGAAAGCCAGUGACAAGUUCAAGUUUGUCUUCCGAGAAAAGAUUGCCAGAAUUGUUGAUUAUUUCACGAUUCAAAACCCUAGCAAUGUGGAUCGAUAUUCCAAACUAUUAUUUCCUUUGAUUUUUAUGCUAGCCAAUGUAUUUUACUGGGCAUACUACAUGUAUUUUUGAGAUGACAUUGAACAUUUGCAUGCCAUGUGUCUUUAGCAGAAGAGCAUAAUGAUGUAAAUGGUAUUCUAGGCCAAAUGUGUUCCCUCACCCACUGUGCUACAAAUGGGGUAAGAUGUUUGAGCAUGCCUCUUCAAAGAGUGAACACCAAACAAUUAUUCUAAGAGUAGAAAUCCUAGCAUGACAGGAUGCUCUGAUGGAAACAUUAUAAUUUUUUUCUAUUUUUUAAAUUGAAUUUUUGUGUAUUUCAAACAGAACAUCUCAAC